UGGCCGGUGGCCCCGGGGGUCCCCGGGUUGCAGUGGGGGCCGCAUGGGACCAGUUCAUCCCCUAGUGCCGGUGCCCAGCGCAGAUGCGUGAGAACCCCCCGGCGGAUGCGCUGUGUUCGCCUCUCGCUCGGCCACAGGCCCGAGUUCACGAUGGGCCGAUUCCCUCAGAAGCCACGUGAAGAGCAGCACCCAGGUACCGUCUGACUCUCUCCUAGCGCCGGGGCACUGAUGAAAUUGGGGACCCAACCGGAGCAGAGAUGGGGCCCACCAGGCACCCGCCCAGCUGCCGUGCCGCCCUCUCGCACAUGCUGCUGUUGCUGCACGUUGAGAUGCUAGUGCACUCAGGGAUGGGGGAGCCAGAUCCCAAGAUCAAUGGACAGUCGUUGUUGGUGAGCACCAUGGAGGAGGAUGAGAGCCGCGAUUUCACCUGCCAGGUGGACAGCUGGCAGGCCGGGCCCAUGCUCACUUGGUACCUGAACGGCAAGAAGCAGGAGACCAACAGCUCCACGGUGGUGACCACCUCGGCUGAGGCCUUUGAGCAGAGCUCCAGCACUUUCACAGUGACGGCGCAGCGCGCAGACAGGGAACUGAACUGCUCACUCACAGACCCGGCCUCUGGCCAGACUUCCAACGCCUCGGUGCUCCUCAACGUGCAGUUUAAACCAGAGAUCAUGAAGAUGAAUGCAAAGUACCAGGAGGCCAAGGACCCGGGUCUCUUCAUGGUUCUCUUUGUCCUGGUGCGGGCCAACCCCCCAGCCAGCAUCACCUGGACAGACCAGGAUGGGCACGUGAUGCUGAAUACGUCUGACUUCCUCAUCCUGGACACCAAGAGCUACCCCUGGAUGACCAACCACACUGUGCAGGUGCAGCUCAGCAGCGUGGCCAAGAACUUCUCUUUCAGUGCAGCCAACAACGUGGGCAUCACCAACUCCUCCAUCCUGCCGCCGGGUCUCCUGGACACCCACGUGGAGCUGCGCCUCCUGACCAUCAUUGUUGGAGGAGCCUUGGUGCUGGGGACCCUCCUCUGCCUCAACACCCUCAUCGUCUGUGUCGUCUGCAGGAAGAGGAAGAAGGCAUCAGGGCUCCUGGGACCUACGCCUCUGCCUCUGAGCGAUUCCAACAACCGGAAGCUGAACAGCGUGCGACUGCCCCGAGAGAACAUGUCCCUCCCAUCCAACCUGCAGCUCAACGACCUCACGCAGGAGACCAAAGCCAGCCAUGGAGACACGGGAAUCCAGACGGAGCGGAAGGACAAUGCCCUGUCAGAGCCAGAGAACAGCCUAGGCCUUGGUUUUGUCCGGUUCCCGAUGGUUGGACACAUUUAUAAAGUGUCCAGCAUGAGCAGUGAUGAGAUAUGGCUUUGAAUGUGUAGCUCCUGUGGGGUACAAAUUACCCUUCCAUCUUCUGGGAUGAGUUUACUGACCCAUCAGCAAGGCAGACACAUCCAGGAGCUGAUAUUCUCCCCAGAAUCCCAGAUGACAGAGCCCACCCAGAACAAGCUCUCUGUAUAACGACCAUCCGAGCUCCAGCUGAGAAGUGCGCCGCCAACUUCCGGGGCCUGCGUCUUCCCCACCCUUCUGCCCCAAGGAUCCUGGGUGCCUCAGCUAGUCUUCCCUAAAACACCAUGGAAUCUCAUUAAGAACUGUCCAGUGUGCUGGGAGCAGUUGGAGCACCAGGACUGCAACUGGCCUGUGCUCCUGCCCGGGAGCAAGAGGAAUGCACGCAUUCAGCAGCCGUGGUCAUUUCAUCUCCCCUCAGGCCUGGGGAGCAUCCAUCUCUGAGUGGAUCAGAGCUGUGGGCAGGAGCUGCUUCAAGGAGUCAGACUGCUGGAAGUGGAAGCAGAUGAGGUAAUGUCAGCAUCUAUGGGGGGGAGGUGGAGAGAGGGGCAGGGAGCCUGGCUUGCCUAAACUCCACUCUGUCAGUCACAGCUUCCUUCUCAGGCCUGGCCAAGUCCCUAAGUCCAACAGCUUUCAAAGUGGCUCUUGAUUUUGGUGCCCAGGCUGAGUCCAGAUGGCUGGGGUCUGCUGUCCCCAGGGGAGUAGGCAGCUCAGAAGAUCAGGAUCUGGGUAUUCCAAGCUAUUACAGGCUUCAAAUAUUAAGGACCACUUUGGAAAAUGUGGCCUGUCCCCAGGGGUGUGUUGAGUAUGGUAUUGUGCAGUAGGAGAUGGAACAGACUUUCUUCCCCAUGGGGUUGGGAGGGGCGAAGCAUGCCAAGAAUGGCAAAUGCCAAAACCUGACAUAGUGAGCCCUGAGGCAGUUGUCAGCUGCUCUGGUUCUGUGCACCUGCUGUGCAGGGCACAGGUGCGAUGAAACAGCAAAAAGAGCAUGAGUGCCCCUGGUGCUUCUCUGCUCCCAGCUACCUCCACCCUUGUAAUGAGAGCAGUGAUGGGCUGCUGCUGGGUAGCCCCUAUUCAGCCUCUGAGAACGGACUGGGGGUAGUAGCUGAGUGAAGCCCAUGGCUGCCUCCUGGAGAACCAGAGUGAUAAAGGGAAGCUCUUAGUCUUUGAAAAGAGCAUUUAGGAGAGAUGCAUCCCUGCUCUGCCCUCAUUUACACGCAUGCACGUCCUUGCAGAGAGUAGGCAUGUGUCACGUUUCUUCACUCUGAGCCCAGGCACUGCAGUACGCAGCAAAUUUCUGUGUGAAAAACCACUGAGGACCUAAUCAUCCACUGCAGUGACUGGUGUGUAAAUCCUGUCGACCAGAGCUGCUGCAGCACCUGGGCACAAGGAUGGCUCUGGGGCUUUUAGCCUUUGCUGUGUGUCUUGCUGUGGUGACCGUCUUUUUGUGAAUGCGCAUCUGCAAAGAGCAACUCUUUCCUAGGAGACUCCCAUUUGUGACCCUUCUCUCCUGCCAAGAAGUCAGCAUGAUCUGGGUGCCAGUGAACAAGCACAAAUGGAAGUGGCUGUUCAGGCUGGCCAGCUUCUGCGUAAUACAUUAAGCUAUGCAUCAAAUUAUCUAGCAGCUGCUAGUUCAGUUAGUUGUUUUCAGAUGCUGCAUUGUUAGGUGAGGCAUGUUUAUGUAACUUAAGCACUUCAAGAAUAAAAUGCUGUAAUCAAAGUAUAACACAGAGCUGCUUCUAAACGGACUGAUGCUCUGGCACGAGUUAUGGGCUGGAGGGACCUACCUGGGCUUGGCCACUUGAAAGGCUGACUCCCCGGAAGAGCCUUCAGCGGUCCUCUCCCAAGGAUCUCAAAAACACUGACCAAUGGGUUGUCUCAAAAGAGUCUGGAAAAUUCUUCCAAAAGCAAUAAACCAAAAAUUGUCUGUAGCAGUGGCCGGUUAUUUCUAGUGUGUCCUCAUCUCCCAAAAUACAGAGCAACUCUAAGCCAAAUUCUGCUGGAAGUUACAAGUGUAAACCAGGACUAGCUGCUGGAUAUACCCUAAGCUUGUGCUCUCGCCUCUCCCCAGAGGGUGAUAAAGGAGACAUUUCACGUGUUAACUAAUGCUACCUCCAGGAACCAAGGGGGAAAGAAACUCCACUCUUACUUACUGUGAUGGUAUUACCACCUUCUCCCUUCUGAUGGUGCCCUUACUAUUACUCCUUGAAUAGCUGCUACUGAGCUCCCAACACAGAGCAGAAGUUCAUCCAUAAAACUUCCUUCUCCCCUUCAUUUGCUUCCAGUGACAGCUCUUCGCCUUACAGGACAGGUUUACACAAGCACACACACUGGUGAAUACAUCUCUUUAUUAGAAAUGCCUAAGUCCACCCCCCCAGGUGAAUGACAUGUUUGUGGCUUUCAUCUCUCCAUUCAGUGGCUGAAUCUUGUACUCCUCUCAUAAUGGAAACUGCUGUGGAGAAGCAAUUCUGAGUCCAUUCCUGCAGUGAAAUCCUGGUUCUUCAGCAAUGUAGGCUGGGGAUCUGGGCUAGUCAUAUUCCCCAUCAUUAGCACCAACCCUGAAGCUCAGUAGACUGUAAAGCCACG